AAAUUUUUCUUCAACGCUUCCCUGGAUCCACAAACUUCAGCAGUGCUGGAAAAGCUUAUAUUCUAGCAAGAAGGCAAAGUUUUUGCAAUGUCAAAGGUUUUGCUCAGCAGCUUUCAACGCACUGGCGGUGGAAGCCUCCAGUUAUUUGGAGGCACUAAUCUCAAGAGCAACGCACAGCCGAAUCGGUUUCGGAAAGUUAGCUGCUGUGCUUCAAAGCCAGCUGAGGUUCUAGAGAAGCGGGAAAAGGAGAAGCAGCAGCCAUAUCAAGGCAUUCUCCACGUCCAGGCUGGCGAUCGAAUCGAGGAGCUUGAUCACAGAGAAACGUCUCUGCUCGUCAAGGAAGUGAAGGGAUGGCUGAUGAAACUCGCGAGUGGCAAGUGGGAAAUCAGUCCUUCGACUUACGACACCGCCUGGGUCGCCCGAAUCCCGUCCGACUCCGACUCCUCUCUUCCCGAGUUCCCGGAGGCCCUGGAGUGGAUCAUCAACAGUCAACUUCCGGAUGGAUCAUGGGGUGAUGAUUGUCACUUGCAACUCUAUGACAGAGUGUUUUCCACGCUCUCUUGCCUGGUCACGCUCAACCUCUGGGACAUCGGGCACAACAGCAUUGCGCAAGGCACGAAGUUUUUGCGUGAGAACAUGAUCAAGCUCAACCAUGCCGAUGGAGAUUUCUUGUCAGGUUUCGAGGUGACGUUUCCAAUGAUGCUCCACGAAGCAAAGCGGGUGGGCCUUAAGCUUCCGUAUGACACAGAGUUCACGAGGUUGCUUGAGAUCUCCACCACGGAGAAAUUGGCGAAGAUUUCUUUGGAUAGACUCCAUUCCACUCCCACCACGUUGCUAUACUCCUUGGAGGGCCUUCAAGGUCUUGAGAUUGACUGGCAAAAGAUCCUCAAGCUUCAGUCCAAAGAUGGAUCCUUUUUUAGCUCGCCCUCGUCAACCGCAUGUGUUUACUUGAAGACCAAGGACAAAAAAUCGUUGCAAUACUUGCAAAAAGCUAUGAAAAAUCAAAACUAUGCUGUUUCUUGUCAUUACCCUAUUGAUCUCUUCGAAAGUUUACGGGUGGUCGACACCAUUGAGCGCUUGGGCAUUGACCUCUUCUUCAGAGAUGAGAUCAAAGCCGUCCUUGACUACCUGUAUAGCUUCUGGACAAACGAAGGAAUUGGAUGGGAAUCUACGUGCAUAGUCAAUGACAUCGAGGACACAGCAAUGGCCUUCCGUAUCCUUCGGAUGCAUGGAUAUAGUGUAUCUCCAGAUGCAUUCAACCAGUUCUGGCUGCCAGGAGACAAGUUUUGCUGCUUUGUUGGUGAAUUGCCACAUGGGGUCUCUGCAAUGCUCCACUUGUAUCGGGCUUCCCAAGUUGAUUUUCCGAAUGAGGAGAUUCUUACAAAGACUUUCAAGUACUCCCACGAUUAUUUACUUAAUGUUGAAAGCUCUCACACAUCGGCAACCAAGAAAAACCUCAUGGGAGAGGUCACAUUUGAGCUAGAAAAUCCACUUCAUGACUGCUUGCCGAGGAUUUACAAUAAUGCAUAUAUCAAGCACUAUAGCAUUGAUGAUCCUUGGAUUGCUAAGACUAUUUAUCGAUUGCCUCAUGUGAAUAACAAAGUACUUUUAGAACUUGCAAAUCGGUAUGCUCAACAAUGUCAAUCAUAUCAACGUUCUGAGCUGAAAAUAUUGGUGGAAUGGUGGCAUUCAUCGCACUUUGAAGAUAUCCCUUCUACAAGAUUUAAAUCUAAUGUUAAUAUGCUCCCCUAUAUUUACUAUGUUAUUUGCUCAACUUUCCAUGAGCAAAACUUUGGCCAGUUGAGAAUUUUUUUCACGAAAACUUGCUGCAUGAACACUUUAUUUGAUGAUCUUUUGGAUAGUGCAAAAAGCAUUACAGAGCUUGAUCAUCUCCAAAAUAUGAUUGAAAGGUGGGAUACAUCUUUUUUAUCACAAAAAGAAUAUAAGAUUAUCUUUCAAGAAUUCUAUAAUACCAUUCUUGUUAUGACUGAAAUGGCCUCUAAAAUAAAUCAAAAUCUAUCUCCGGAAUUCAUCCACAAAUACCUUUUAGCAAUUGGCACUGAACUUAUAAAAUCUGGGAUUAUUGAUGCUCGCUGGAAACUUCAAGGAUAUAUUCCAGGUUUUGAGGAGUAUAUGGAAAACGCUGAAGUUAGCAUCGGCAUUGCAACUCACUUACUUAUGGGCAUAUUAUUUUGUGGUGACCAUUUAACAGAAGAGUUAUUAAACAUCAUUUAUGAUAGCAAGCUUCUUAAACUUGGUAGUAUCAUCUCUAGGAUUUGCAAUGACAUCCAAACAUAUAAGAUUGAGAUGAAACUGGGGCAAUCAGCACAUGGAGUUUCUUGUUAUAUGAAAGACCACCCGGGUGAAACUGAAGAAGAUGCACUAGCAUACUUACAAAGUUUGCUCGAGAAAACCAAAAAGCAACUCAACGAAAUUUAUUUCACUGAGAAAGAUUUACCCAAAAAUAUCAAAAGGUUUAACUUUGAUAUAGCACGGAUGAUGAUGUUCACCUACAACAAAGCAAAGCAGGAUCUCUUUAGAAACCCAAAUAAAGAGCUUCAAAACAUGAUUGAAUUUUGUUUGAAAGCUUAAUGUAACAUAUAUAUGUUUUUAUAAUAUAUUCCCAGAGUUCCUUCCUCAAA